AAUGAUAGGCAAGAAAGAGGACACAAAUGACAGUUCUAUGAUAGAUAUAAGCUACAAACAGGAUAAGAAUGGAACUGAAGUCGUUGCUGUCCUUGACAAGUUGUACAUAUGUGCCAGCAUGGAGUUUUUGUUGACAGUAGCAGAUUUUUUCAUUCACUCAUUGCCGGCAUCCUCAAGUGAAAGAUCUGCACAGUUCCAAUUAAAGCAUGUUGCUUCUGGGAAAUCCAAGCCAGAAACAGAAAUACCUGUAUGGCCAAAUAUGACAGUAAAAGCAUUGAUCAUGGAUCCAGAAAUUGUAUUUGUUGCUAACUUGACCAGUGCUGAUGCCCCUGCCUUAAAAGUUUCCUUCCAAUGUGACUUUUCUUUGGCAUCUGGAAAGCUUGCACAAAGGAUGACUGCUCAAGUGAAGGGCUUCAAAGUGUUGGCCUGUGCCUUUCUCAAGGAAAAACAAGACAAGAGUGUUACUACGGUGUUACGGCCAUGUUCUUUGGUCAUGGAAAAUAUGAUGCAUGUCUCAGGGUUACAAACUGUGGUAGUGACAAUAGAAGAACUUACUAUAAAGAUCUCACCAAUAAUUCUGAAUACUGUGAUAACCAUUAUGGCUGCCAUCAAACCCAAAUCAACAGAGGAGGAUUCUAGAGGAGCAACUGAAGUUUCUGAGAAUUUGUGGCAAGUGAGGCCUAUAGAUGAGUGCAGCGCUUGGUUUCUUGGUGUUGAUGUAGCCACAGAAGCAACAGAAACUUUUAAGGACCGUGAACAUACUGUGAAACAAGAGAAAUUUGACAUUGUAGUGAAAUCGCUUCAGAUCACCUUGGAAUGUGGUCUGGGACAUCGUACUGUCCCUUCAUUGCUAGUAGAGUCUGUGUUUUCAGGUGUCCUUAAAAACUGGUCCUCACUGAUGGAGAUCACUGCUGAUAUGUCACUGGAGAUUCAUUAUUACAAUGAAACCUAUGCAGUGUGGGAGCCACUUAUUGAACGAAUUGAAGGAGGAAAGAAGCAAUGGAGUUUAAAUCUGGAAAUGAAGACUAACCCUGUCCAAGAGAGAAGUUUGAUGCCUGGGGAUGAUUUCAUUGUUCUUCCUGAGCCACAAACUGCAGUUAACAUCUCUUCGAAGGACACAAUGAAUAUAACAAUAUCCAAAUGCUGUCUUGCUGUUUUCAGUAAUUUAGCCAAGGCAUUUUCAGAAGGGACUGCAUCCACGUUUGACUAUUCCUUUAAAGAGACAGCACCUUUCAUAGUGAAAAAUGCCCUAGGUGUUCCUCUCAAAGUGCUUCCUAGCUCCAACUUUCGGAUAGUUGGUUCAGUUGAAAAAGAAAACAUGAACAAUGUAGAAAUUGGUCAGAACAUGGAACUGGAAUACACUGUUUUUGAAGCGCCCCAACGAGGAAAGUUGUCUGCGUUGUACCGACAAGAAAGCUCUGUCUUCUCUUUAAAUUUAGAACUUCAAGGAUAUAAAGAAGCAGUAACCAUUCCUGUAGCCAAAGCAGGUCGACGACUGUACAACAUAAGAAACCUUCUUGUUGAUCGUUCAGACUCGAUCAUUGUACAGAUAGAUGCUACAGAAGGAAAUAAGGUUAUUACUGUACGAUCUCCUCUGCAGAUUAAGAACCAUUUCUCAAUCCCGUUUAUAAUCUAUAAACUGGCUAGAGACUCCAAGUCACUGGAGCCAAUUGGCAUAUCCAAGCCAGAAGAGGAAUUUCACGUUCCUUUACAUUCAUACAGGUGUCAUCUAUACGUUCAACCAACAGGAACGUUAGAGGGUCAGUUUAAAGAGUCCACGACGUAUAUUGCCUGGAGGGAAGAGCUACAUAGAAGCAAUGAAGUAAAGUGCUUGUUACAGUGCCCAGCCAUAGAGACAAAUUUCUUGCCUCUAAUAAUCAGCUCAACAGCUGUACCUGAUGAACUGAAUUUUAUUUCCACCUAUGGAGAGGAGUGGGAUCCUGCCUACAUUAUCCACCUUUACCCUACAUUGACUGUGAGGAAUCUUUUACCAUACUCCUUGAGAUAUUUACUUGAGGGAACAGCAGAAGCCCGUGAAUUGACGGAAGGGAGUGCUGCAGAUGUUUUUCAUUCAAGAAUCAAUGGAGAAAUAAUGGAGCUUGUGUUGAUAAAAUAUCAAGGCAAAGACUGGAAUGGGCAUCUUAAGAUUUGUGAUGGAAUGCCUGAAUUUUUUUCUGUGUGUUUCACAUCCCAUUCUGUGACAGUGAUGACAGUGGAUAUUUAUAUACAUACUAGGCGAGUUGGAAGCCGUAUGAUCUUAUCUGUGUUCAGUCCUUAUUGGAUAAUCAACAAGACUUCCCGUAUUCUCCAGUAUCGAGCUGAAGACACUCAUGUGAAGCAUCCAGCAGACUACAGAGAUAUUGUUUUGUUCUCCUUUAAAAAGAAAAAUAUUUUUAGUAAAAAUAAGAUCCAGUUAUGUAUUUCAACUAGCGCUUGGUCCAGUAGCUUUUCCCUUGAUACCGUAGGAAGCUAUGGAUGUGUCAGGUGUUCAGCUAAUAACAUGGACUACCUGGUCGGAGUUAGCAUCAAAAUGAGCAGUUUUAACCUUACCAGGAUAGUUACCUUCACUCCAUUCUACACAAUAGCAAACAAAUCUUCUCUGGAACUCGAAGUUGGAGAAAUUGGUCCUAAUGGCUCUUUUCCAACUAAUAAAUGGAAUUAUAUCUCGACUUCAGAGUGUCUUCCAUUUUGGCCUGAAAACUCAUCUGGUGAACUUUGUGUAAGAGUAGUUGGCUAUGAAAACUCAUCCAAACCAUUCCCGUUUAAAGCCCAGGAUAAUGGUACUCUGUUGAGACUGGAAGAAUUGAAUGGGGGCUUACUGGUAGAUGUGAAUGUUUCUGAGUAUUCUACUCUUAUAAGCUUCUCGGAUUACCACGAGGGAGCUGCUCCAGCUCUUAUUGUUAACCAUACUUCAUGGGACUCUCUCAGAUAUAAACAGAGUGGAUUACAAGAGGAAAUGGAGUUGAAACCAAAGGAAGUAUGCCUGUUUGCAUGGACAGAUCCAACUAAAACAAGAAAAUUGACUUGGGGCUACUCCCAAAAUUUUGGUGAACAUGAUCUACUUAAGGAUGAAUGUGGCCAAUUCCCUUACAAUGCAAAUACUCAGAUACACUGGGUGUCUUUCCUGGAUGGACGCCAACGAGUGCUACUUUUCACAGAUGAUGUUGCAUUAGUUUCUAAAGCACGACAAGCAGAGGAGCUGGAGCAACCUGAUCAAGAAAUCAAUUUGUCAAUCCAUAGUCUUGGACUUUCUCUUGUUAACAAUGAAAAUAAAAAGGAAAUUUCUUAUAUAGGAAUUACUAGUUCUGGUGUUGUUUGGGAACUGAAACCAAGGCAAAAAUGGAAACCCUUUAAUCAAAAGCAAAUAAACCUGUUGGAACAAUCCUAUCAAAAGUAUCUUUGUAAGAGUGCUUUCCAAGAUCCAGGUUGGCAUAAACUUGACAGCAAUACUGAGGUGAAUUUUAGUAAGGUUCCAAUGGAAAUGCGUCUCCCAGUCAGGUGCAGCAUCCGACGCAACUUCCUAUCAGGAAUUCAGGUUGAAUUCAAACAGUCGCCUCACCAAAGAAGCUUACGGGCUCAAUUGUAUUGGCUGCAGGUUGAUAAUCAAUUACCAGGAUCAAUGUUUCCCGUUGUAUUUCACCCUGUAGCCCCGCCCAAGUCAAUUGCUUUGGAUUCAGAACCAAAACCCUUCAUUGACAUCAGCAUCAUCACUAGAUUCAAUGAAUACAGCAAAGUACUGCAAUUCAAAUACUUCAUGGUUCUUAUCCAGGAAAUGGCACUGAAAAUCGAUCAAGGAUUUUUAGGAGCACUUAGUGAACUUUUCACUCCAUCUACAGACCCAGAAGCUGAAAGACAAAGGUCUAAAUUAAUUCAGCAAGAUGUAGAUGCACUUCACACUGAGCUAAUGGAGUCUUCCCUAACAGACCUGUCAAUGCUCAGCUUCUUUGAGCAUUUCCAUAUUUCUCCAAUUAAGUUGCAUUUGAGUUUGUCUCUGGCUUCUGGUGGAGAAGCAUCAGAUAAGGGGGAAGAUAUGAUAGCCAUCCAUUCUCUGAAUUUGCUGUUGAAAAGUAUUGGAGCUACACUAACAGAUGUGGAUGAUCUCAUUUUCAAACUUGCUUUCUUUGAAAUUAAAUACCAGUUCUACAAGAGAGACCAACUGAUGAAGAGAGUUGUUAGACAUUACAGUGAACAACUCCUGAAGCAGAUGUAUGUUCUUGUACUUGGGUUAGAUGUUCUUGGAAAUCCAUUCGGCUUAAUCAGAGGCUUGUCUGAGGGAGUUGAAGCUUUCUUCUAUGAGCCAUUCCAGGGUGCCGUUCAGGGACCUGAAGAAUUUGCUGAAGGCUUUGUAAUUGGUGUUAAGAGUCUUCUUGGACACACAGUGGGUGGUGCAGCAGGGGUGGUGUCUAGGAUCACUGGUUCUGUUGGAAAAGGCUUGGCUGCUAUUACUAUGGAUAAAGAAUUUCAGCAGAAAAGGAGAGAGGAAAUGGGUCGGCAGCCAAGAGACUUUAGUGACAGCCUGGCCAAAGGUGGAAAGGGCUUGUUACGGGGUGUUGUUGGAGGUGUGACGGGCAUAAUCACUAAACCUGUAGAAGGGGCUAAAAAAGAAGGUGCAGCUGGAUUCUUUAAAGGAAUUGGAAAGGGGCUUGUAGGAGUGGUAGCCCGCCCAACAGGUGGCAUCGUAGAUAUGGCAAGCAGUACCUUCCAGGGAAUUCAAAGGGUGGCAGAAUCCACUGAAGAAGUAUCUAAUCUCCGUCCUCCACGUUUCAUUCGCGAAGAUGGCAUCAUCCGGCCAUACGAUAGGGUGGAAGCUGAGGGUUAUGAUUUAUUUGAG